AUGAAUUUUUUUAGUUCUAAAACAAAAACUAUUAAAACUUACGGAAAAGAUAAAAGGGAAAGAGUCGUAAAUAUAUGGGAAAAGGAUUUAAGAUCUAAACAACAACAACAUUAUCAAAAAUCACAAGAGGAAAAACCACAACCACAACUACAUUAUCCUGAAUCAUUAUUAAAGCUCUUAAAUUUAUGUGGUCAAAAUGCAAUCUAUACAUUUGAAGAAUUUCUUGGUAAAGAUUGUAUUCAUAAUGCUGUAAAGAUUGGUGAAGCAAGUUUUUCAGAGGUUUUUACAAGUUAUGUGUCAAAAUUCACUUCAAACAAGAUGAAAUCUGUUCUAAAAAUAAUUCCAUUUGGAAGAGGGAAAGAAAUAUUGAUUAAUGGUGAAGAGCAAUCAAGUAUAAAAAACAUAUUACAAGAAAUUAUAAUUACAUUGAAAUUAUGUGGAAGAAAUGAAAUAGCAUCAUCAUCAAGUGUUGGAUUUUUGGAAUUAUACGGUGUUGGAAUUAUUUAUGGUAAAUAUCCUGAUCAAUUGAUAAACCAAUGGGAUGCUUGGGAUGAAAAACAUAAUUCAGAUAAUGAUCGCCCUGAUUAUUUUGAUGAUAAACAAUUGUAUGUUGUAAUGAUAAUUGAAUAUGGAGGUCUCGAUUUAGAACAUGAUGUUGAACCGAUUGUAUUAUGGACCCCUUGGUUCAAUGAUUCUCGGUCAUGGUGGGAAGGCUACGAGCUGCAGACCUUGGAUGGAGUCAAUAAAUGCGUGAUUACGCAUUAUAAGAAAGCCAAAGAUGAGGCACAUAUAGCAGUAUUUCAUAAAUCGGAUUUGGACAUGAACGAUCUACCGCCUAGGAGGAGUAAUCAGUUAUGGGUACUUUAUACAGCUGAAAGUUUAGUCGAACUCAACGAAUCAGAGAGGCUGUAUGCAUUGUUUAACUAUAGCAUGAACUACCGUCUCGAUUCAAAUUUUCCAUUCGUCUACUAUGAUACCAACAUCAUGGAACAGUUAAAAAAGUCACCUCCUUCAUUUUUACCAAAUGGUGAGCCAGUAGCAUGGAUAGCAAGCAACUGUCAUGCAAUAAACUUACGGCACUUGUAUGUAAAGGAGCUUAUGAACUACAUUGAAGUUGCAAACUAUGGAUCAUGUUUGAACAACAAAUCGCCAUUUCCAUCUUAUCAAACCAUUGAGUAUAUAGCUCGCCAUCCUUUCUAUCUAGCAAUCGAGAACUCCAAUUGUGACGAUUAUGUUACUGAAAAGCUCCAAAAUGCCUUUGCGGCUGGAGUUGUCCCCAUCGUAGCAGGUCCUAGAAAUUACGAUCCUUUCCUCCCCACAUCUCAUUCUGCCAUCUUACUUGAUGACUUUCCACACCCGCGUGAUCUUGCUCUCUACCUACGCUCCCUUAUCCAAAACCCAAAAGAAUAUCAAAAAUAUGUUGACUUUCGAUAUGACCCAACAUUAAUAUCAGAAGAGUUUCGACGGAACUGGGAUGGUCCAAAUGGAUGGAAUCGUAAUAUUGGACUCCGGCGGAUGUGUGAUGUAGCUUGGAAACUGAGAAUGGGUGAAGAUGUUACUCUUGAUGACCCAGAAAAAGAAUGGAUAAAACCGAGGAUAUUACAGAAGGAUACUUCAUGCGAUGGUACCGUUGGAAAGUAUGCAUAUGUUGAAAAUAUACAAAAUAGCAAAUCUUUUAGAGCGAAGUGA